UACUGUCAUAAAACCAAAAGCAUGAUUUCGGGGUGAAAUAUGAGCAUGACGUUUCUUCAAGAAACACAAACGUGCGAGUCUGAAUAAAUGUGUCAUAAUCUGUGAUGUUUCUAAACGUAUGAAUGUUGGACAAAAGUUUAUUUCACUGGAUAUCUUCAUAUAUCUACUCAUAAAUGUAGAUGUGAAGUGAGGCAUAUAAAGGCUUGUGUCUGAGUGACAGUGAAUACAGUUCAAACCCCGCGCUGCGUCUGAUUGGUGUUUGUGUUGUCCGAGUGUUUAUAGUUCGCCUUCAUUGACGUAGAAACUCUGAAUGAAAGCCCUCGCGCGUCUCUGACGUACCGGAUCAUGUGUCGGUUACCGUAGACUUCUCGAGCUAGACUUUUCCCUCCGUCCUCGUCUUCGCUCCGGUGUGGAUUCUUCCUCCCGGCGGCUCGCGACGCGUUCUCAGAAGCGGUCUGCUGAGACGACGGUGAGAUGCUGGAUGGAGACUGGAGCUCUUCGUCCCCGUCCGGGAAGUUCACAAACCCACAGUGAGCUCUGUGUGACGAGCCUCCAUGACACCCAGUUUCACAACUGAAGCUCUCUGCCUGAGGGAGCGUCUACUUCCACCUGCCCAAAUGCUGGGUUAUCAUUCUGAUCCCCCUGUUCUCCACUAAACUCCGUCACCAGACCAUCCCCUGCCCACCAUCACCAUACUCACCAUAUCAAGCCGAAGAAAGUUGUUCAACUCCUCUGUGCUCCGUGCAACCAAUUUCCCUGCAGAAGACUCUUUGGAAAUGGAUGUUUCAUCAGAGACGAUGUUGGACAGAUAUUCAACUGUGCCACUCACAACAAACGAAAACUGGACGUCACUGAACAAUAAAGAAGAGGACCAGUCAGAGUGGGGUUCUGCAUCGGAGCAGGGUUUGAAUAGUAGAGAUCAUGAGGCGAUCCCUCCAGUCAGUACACUCUAUGUUUGUACCAUCUGUAAUUUCAGUACCAACAAGUUUGACUCCCUCUCAUGCCAUAAUAAAGUGCAACAUCCCGGUGAGAGCCAUUUUAAGGUCAGGCAUAUCAAAUUGGAUAGCCAAAGCAUGCUGGAGCAAAUCAUUGAGAGCAAGAAUGAUGGAUCCAUUCAGGAAGCUAUGGACACUAUAAAUGACUUGGGACCAUUUGUAGACUCCAGCAUUUCAGCAGGUGAAGACACUGGAAAGACACCAAUGGAAAAAAGCAGCAUUUUGGAUAAAGGCCUAGAUGUGGAGAAGGAGCUGGACAGUCUAUUGUGGAAGGAUGAGAUCAGAGCAGUGAGCGUAAAUGGUACCAUCAUUAUCCCGGAACCUACGUGUCAUGUAAUGCCUCUGCUACAGCGACCUCCCAAUCUAAGCACCUCUCCAGCAAUCGCAGUUCCUAUUCACACCACCAAGUACAACCCCAUAUUGGACAGCAAUGUUACCCUGAUCACAUCUUUUAACAGAUUCCCAUAUCCGACCCACGCAGAGCUCUCCUGGCUCACUGCUGCCUCCAAACACCCUGAGGAGCAGAUCAAGGUAUGGUUCACCACCCAGCGUCUGAAGCAAGGCAUCACCUGGUCCCCUGAAGAAGUAGAAGAAGCCCGUAAGAAGAUGUUCAAUGGCAGUAUACCACCCGCACACCAGACCUGUGAAGUUUUGCCUGCAACUGUUGAAACACACUACCCUGGGCGGGCACAAUCAGCUACUUGUCAUGGAUUUGGACAGACCAGCCUUGCAUCAAACAUCACCGCUGACAGAUCACCCACUACUUGUACACCUGGCAUUGCUACAGCAGUCCGUCAAGCACAGACACUUAAGCGGCCUUUAGGAACUUCUUUCUUGGCUUCAGUGGUCAAACGUCCAACUGGAGACCCCAAAGAGAGUUUGCGCAUGCCCCCUCCACCAGCUCCACCGCCAGAAAGACUUGCUGUCGCUUCUUCUCCUGGGCUUUCAGAGACUAAAACAUCAAGCUCUGGUUCUUUGGUGGCCUCAAACAUGAAUAGACCUGUUCCUGUACAUUUUGUCCCAUCUGAAGGGGAACCCCCAAUAGUUCAAUCCAAAGAGAAGAUACCUGUGGCACUUCCUUCAGUGUUGCCCAAAGAAAGACUCCCUUUGUCACACAUAGUUUCCACCAAUCUCAAAAGAUCUGUAAUCGCUCAGCAAUUGAGCAAUCAUACUUCAGCCUCCUCGUUCGGUGCUAAAACCAAGUUUGGUAAUGGUGUAACCGUGCCCUUAGCACCAGCUGUGGUGACCCCACAAAUGAGUAGACCAACAAUCAUUCAGACAAUGUCGGCCAUGCCUCUGUCCCUAUCUCCGACUCCAGUCUUUCAGUGUAAGUCUAUAGAGCCAUCAGUUGCUCCAGUGUUCUCAUGCUUCAAUAUUCAGAAUGGAAAAGAAUCUACAAAUUCCCAGAAUGAUUCCCAGAAGUCACAUGUUGAAUUCGCUCUGAGGGAGCAUUGUGUUCCCACUCAGUUUCCUCUACUAGAGAGAGUGAAGGACAAGAGUCCUGGACAAAUUAAACUUCUAGAGGACAGUUUUCAGAGGAACAGUCUGCCGUCCUAUAAUGAGGUCGAGCACCUCCUGAUCACCACUAGAAUGUCCAGAGAGGAAAUCGAAAGCUGGUUCUUGGAGCGCAGAGCUCUUCGAGAUAAUUUGGAACAAGCCCUGCUGAACUCCAUGGGCUCUAAACGGGAUUCCCAGCAGACCCUCCUCAAUGUAGCUCAGAGGCGUUCUGGCACCCUUACCUUCAGCCCUGUGCCUCAAGUCAGCAAGACCGUGAACCUUCUCAAAAAUGUUUUUGUCCAAAACCGAUGGCCUUCGCCUGUAGAGUUCAGGCAUCUGGAGAUGCAGGCACGGUUAGCUCGCACAGAACUUGUCCGCUGGUUCAGAGAUAGUCGGCUAGCUCAGCAGAGCUGCAUCCUAGACCAGAAGGAGAUGUUUGGAGAGCAGAACAGCUGCCGAGGUGCAGAUGCAACAAAACGACCACUGAGAGAAGAGAACACCAAACCCAGCAGCCCAGAAUUCGAAAACUGGUUCAGUAACAUGCUCGGUCAGCACAUGGGGAGCAAUGGGGAGCCGAAUGGUGAGGGCAGAGAGGACCAUGGAGGAAACACAUGUGAGCUGUUCUCAGACACAGAUUAGAAGAUGGAAGUUGAGAAGCUGCUUGACACUGUCCUUCAUCGAAGCGCUUAAGGAACCACUGAUGUCACUUCUGCUCUCGUUCUCUGUUCACACGGACACACAGACAUUAGACUGGAGCAUGGUGGGAAUGUUGUGUGAGUGUUGCACUGAAACGCACUGAAAACUUAUGUACGCUGGAGUCACUGCACAUCCAUACUUUCAAACGUACCUUUACUGCAGAUUGUCUGCAGAUCUGUACAUUUUUAUGGCAUGUUUUGAUACAUUUUAUAAUGGGAACAAGUUUUGGUUGUUUUUUUAGUGGACAUUUCCUCACCGUCUGUGGAGGGUGAUGACAGAAUCCAUGAUGUGCUGAAAUAUUCUCUGGACACAUGACAUGCAACAGCCCAAAAUAUGAUUCUUCUACUACAGACGGGACACUUUAUUGACAGAAAACACUGCUGAAUGUGCUCAUAGACGGAGUCAUAAUUCACUCUUCUGCUGGUGAACACACACACACACACACACGUCAGCGCUGAUGUUUAAACUGGUUUGUUUGCAGUCUUAGACUACACACAGUCAUCUUGGACUCAAACGCUUCACUUGUAAUGAACUGUUUCUCUGCUGUAGUGUCUCUGCAUCAACGCUAACGCUCUCUUCACACACAGACCGCCGCUGGAAUCCAAUAAACGCAGCCAGAUGUAUGGUGUUUGUUUGAGAUGUCCAUAUGAAGCUUCUUUGCCUUCGUUUUGUUCCACAGAUUCAUUUCGGUCUGCAGCUCUGAAAGCUAAAAAGCGGAUCGUGAUGAAUCUGAGCGACCGAAAUGUCUCACAGACGUCUCAAGGCCAAAAACACCAAACACACAAGCAGAUGUUUGAGAUAUUUCUGUCUGAUGUUUCUGUAUUGAAAACAAACUCUAAAUUCAUAACUCUGAUGUGGCAUAAAAAUUCCCCACAUGUAGAAAUGUGAGUUAAGCAGCACUUUAAUCGUCCUGUUGAUUGUUUUUGCUCUCAGGCAGAUUUGGGUCACGACGGAGGGCUGAGGCGCACAUGAGACUUCACGUUACAUCACAAAUACAGAAGGUUAUGUAAUAUGUGUUUGAUGAUGUUGAACAAACGUGUGAUCUGUGGAUUCUUCACUGGCUGGAGGAUUGUGGGUAGUGCAGUGCUUCAGCUCAGUAUGGCUUUGUUUUGUGUGCCAUUGCUGACUGACUGCAGUGAGACGGUCUUUGAAGGUAAAAAUGAGCUUCUCUAUGAUGAGAAUCACUGGUAUUUUGAGCUGCUGUGCAACACAGAAGUGGCGGCUCGAGGAUGAGGAAGGCUGUAAGGUGAGCUUGUUUUCAUGUUCACUCAGAGAGGAUGUAGUUAAUGUUAUCGCAUUGGACUAAAACCUAAUGACUUUGCUUACACAGGGUAGAACAAAAACCCUUCCCAAGAACGUUUUGAUCAUUUUUCUACUUCCACCUUGUUACACUUGUUUCGUCCAAAAAUGACCAGCCUACAUGAAACUGCUUGUAAAUCUCUCAUUUUCUUGCAUUAUCACCAAAUGUUGGAUUCAAUCUUUUUGUUAACUUGUUUUCUUUCAGUCAGCACUGGUUUUGUGUUUCUUUUGAUUGAUCGUAGCUCUCAUUGAUCUGAGCUUAUGCACCUCAAAUAUUGCUUCUUUCACUCAAAAAUGGUACACAUUGCCAAAAUGAUUCACAAAUAAUGCUUUUUUUUCAUUAAAAAACCCAGAAUAUUGCCAAAAUGAUUCACAAAUAAUGCUUUUUUUUCAUUAAAAAACCCAGAAUAUUGCCAAAAUGAUUCACAAAUAAUGCUUUUUUUUCAUUAAAAAACCCAGAAUAUUGCCAAAAUGAUUCACAGAUAAUGCUUUUUUCAUU